AUGAAUGUAACAUACAUAAGUCUGGAUGGUUUUGUGGAGAUAGAAAAGUACAGGUAUUUCUAUUUCUUUAUGAUGUUAACUGUUUACAUUUUGAUUGUCUGCAGCAAUUGUACGAUAGUUUCUCUGAUUGUGAUUCACAAGAACCUUCAUGAGCCUAUGUACAUUUUUAUUGCAGCACUGUUGAUCAACUCUGUUCUUUUCAGCACAAACAUCUACCCCAAACUCUUGGCAGACUUUUUAUCUAAAGAACAGAUAAUUUCUUACCAAGCAUGUCUCUUUCAGAUUCUGUUGUUUUACUCAUUUUGUUGUUCAGAAUUCUUACUGUUGGCAGCCAUGUCUUAUGACAGAUAUGUGUCCAUAUGCAACCCUUUGCAAUAUGCCCUGAUUAUGAGAAAAAUAACUGUAAAUGUGUUUUUGCUUGUGGCCUGGAUUGUACCUGUUUGCCCAAUUGUUGUGGCCGUUGUUGAAAAUGCUAACUCAAAGCUCUGCAAAUAUACUUUAAGUAAUGUUUUCUGCAACAACUCUAUAAGUAGGCUGUACUGUGUAAGGUCAAGUGCAUUGGUAGUUUAUCCUCUAGUUGUUCUUUUAAUUAUUGCUAUUCUUCCCAUGCUGUUAGUAAUUUUCACAUAUGCAAAGAUCCUCAUAGUGGCUUAUAAAAGUUGUAGAGAAGUUAGGAGAAAAGCCGCUCAAACCUGUUUACCCCACCUGCUGGUUUUAAUCAACUUUUCCUGCUUGCUUACUUAUGAUAUGAUUAUAAUAAGGCUGGAGUCAAAUUUCUCAAAGAGUGCUCGCUUUAUAAUGACACUACAGAUGAUCAUGUAUAAUCCUCUUUGCAAUCCAAUCAUUUAUGGACUGAAAAUGACAGAAAUUUAUAAACACUUAAAGAAUGUGUUCCAUAAAUUUAGGCAAAACUGUUAA